AUGCACGUUCCGGCACACUCGCCCCGCACGCCCCCCCGGGCUGCCUCCGGCCCCGGCGGACCCCCACAGCAAAGCGGCGGGCGAAGCAGCCAGCCAGACCCUCUCAGCGCGGCCACCGGGAAGGCGGGCCGGCGGACCGGCCGGAGGAGCCCGACCCGCCGCCUCACAGCCGCCCCCCAAGCCCGCGCGGCGGCCGCCGAGGGGGUCCCCGCCCCUCACAAGCCCCUCAGCCUGCCGCUGCCGACGUCCGGCCGCGACGCCCCCCGCCCCAAAAAGGAGACAAAAGGAGGGUUCAGCCGGGUCACGUACAAAGCGGCCGUGGCCACCCCGCGCGCGGGCGCUCACCCACCUGCAGGUGUCUGUGCGUCUGUCCAUAGGAACGCGGGCGCCGAGGAGGGGGCGGGGGGGGAUGCUGCGGGAGCCGGGGCAGCGCGCGCGCUGGACGGGGCGGGAGGAGAGCGACCCGGAGGCCCGGGUCCCGCGGGCAGCGGGGCGGGGAGGGCGCUCGGCGCGGGGCGGGGGCGCCCGCCUGGCUGGGCCGACCGGCGCGCGCCGCUCCGUGCGCCCCGGGCUCCGCGCGCCGGGCUCGGAGCGCGCCGGGCGGGGGGCGGGGCGCGGGCGGGGCCGGCGCGCGGGGCGGGGGCUCGGACCCCGGGCUCCAGCCGGCACCGGAAGCGCGCCGUGGUCGGCGGGACCCACAGGAAGUGUGUAACGACACCUCCUACGACACGCACCGAGCCCGCCGUCGUCGCUGCCCGGAGGGAGCUGCGGACCGAGCUUCCUGCGGCGCCAGCCAACGCGCAUCCCGGCGGGACUGCCCGCCGAGGGGCCGAGCCGCGCGCUCGCUCGCCCUCCGUGUGCACUGAGAUAAUGCCCUCGCUGCCGGGACAGGUGUGCAGCAGCGGACGAUGCCAGCGACGUUCCAAGGUGUGCAGCACCGGCUCCUGUACCGCAAGCCCCGGGCCCGCGGCACUGCUGCCUCCCGGAGCGCAUCCUAAAAGGAAGGAACGCUCCCGUCAUGUGCAACACCUGUUAUCGUGCACCGAGCGUGCACCUCUGCACCCACUUGGGCCAGCACACCCCACGCCGCCCCCAAUGCCCGCUGCCCUGUGCAGACGCCUGACCUAA